UUUCCGGGGGGAACACUUCUCAUGACGGACCCAUUUCCGUUCAGCCACCAAUAAAGAAAAGGACUCAGCGGCGCCAACCUUUUGGUAUCGCGGGUCAAUUUUUGAAAGUUGUUCGGCACAAUCCGAUUUAAAUCGGAGCCAUCUCAACAGCAAACAUGACGGUCGGAAAGAGCAGUAAGAUGCUUCAGCACAUUGACUACAGGAUGCGCUGUAUACUGCAGGACGGGCGGAUAUUCAUCGGGACGUUUAAAGCUUUCGACAAGCAUAUGAACCUCAUCCUGUGUGACUGCGACGAGUUCAGAAAGAUCAAGCCCAAAAACUCCAAGCAGCCAGAGAGGGAAGAGAAGCGAGUGUUGGGUUUGGUGUUGCUCAGAGGAGAGAAUCUGGUCUCCAUGACUGUUGAAGGACCGCCUCCCAAAGAUACUGGCAUUGCCAGAGUGCCCCUGGCUGGGGUGGCAGGUGGCCCAGGGGUGGGCAGAGCAGCAGGCAGAGGUGUACCAGCUGGUGCUCCCAUGGCCCAGGCUCCUGCUGGACUUGCUGGACCAGUGAGAGGAGUCGGAGGCCCAUCACAACAGGUGAUGACCCCUCAGGGCAGAGGCACAGUGGCUGCAGCGGCGGCUGGUGCUAGCAUCGCCGGUGCACCCACACAGUAUCCACCGGGCCGAGGUGGCCCUCCUCCUCCCAUGGGCAGAGGUGCACCACCUCCAGGCAUGAUGGGUCCACCCCCUGGGAUGAGGCCACCAAUGGGCCCCCCGAUGGGCAUGCCACCAGGCCGUGGUGCCCCUAUGGGCAUGCCCCCUCCAGGCAUGAGACCUCCACCACCAGGAAUGAGAGGGCCUCCUCCUCCAGGCAUGCGCCCCCCAAGACCUUGAUUCGCCACACUGGAAGAGAACGUGUUAUGAACCUUUUCUGUUUUUUUGAGCAGAUCCUGACUCUGGGCUCUUGUAUAGUUUCAUAUGAUUUUGUUUUUUUUUUACAUUUUAAAAUAAAGUGUCUAUUUGACGUUUUGUUAAAAAAAAAAAGACUUCAUGCAUUUGUGUGGUUAUGCUUUAUGGGCUUUUCUUUCAACUGUAUAGUAAGAUAUUCAUAAAGCACUACUUUAAGUUUUUUUUUUUUUUUGGAGGCAGCUACUGAUUUAGUUUCACCAGUGCUAGUUAUUGGUAAGAGCUGCAGCUUGAGGUUGGAAGUGAAGGCUGGAAUUACAACUAAUGACAAUUGCAGUGCUGUGAAAGUGUUUUCCCCAUCCUGAUUUCCUCUUUUUGUGUAUUUCACAAUCUAAAUAGUACUCGUACUAAAUAAAAAACAGCCAUCCAACACUAAUCACCCAUGUGAAAUACUAGUUGUUCCCUUAAAGUUGAAAUCUGGUUUUGCCUCCGUUAACAGCGAUAACUGCAACCAGAUGCUUAUGAUAACUGGAUGUCAGCCUUUCACAGCACUGUGGUGGAAUUUUGAUGCGCUCUGCUUUACAGAACUGCUUUAGUUCAGCCAAACCCCGGGGGGGUUCGAGCAUGAAUUGCCGUUUUAAGGUCCUGCCCCAGCAUAUCAAUUGGUUUGUCAGAUUAGGCCACUCAAACUUUGAGCUUUUUCUUAUUUAAAAAAAAUAAAAAAAAUUUGAGCCAUUCAGAGGUGGACUUAUUCCUAUGCUAGGGAUCAUUACCUUGCUGCAUAAUCUAGUUGCACUUGAGUUUCAACUUAGGGACUGAAGACUGGAUAUUCUCCUGUACAAUUUUCUGGUAGAGAGCAGAAUUCAUGUUUCCCCUCAAUUAUUGCAAGUUGCCCCAGGCCCCGAAGCGGCAAAGCAUCCCACACCAUCACACCUCCACCACCAUGCUUGACUGUAGGUAUGAUGUUCUUUUUGUGGAAUUCUGUGUUUGAUUUGGCCGGAACUAACGGGACCCCUGUCUUCCAAACAGUUCCACUUUAUACUCAGUCCACAGAACGUUCUCCCAUAAGGUUUGAGCAUCAAGGUGUGUUUUGGCAAAAUUCAGAUAAGCCUUAACGUUAUUCUGGGUUAACAGUGGUUUUCAUCUCGCCACUCCUCCAUGGAUGCCAUUUUUGCCCAGUGUCUUUGUUAGUCUUUCAUGUCGAGUCAUGAACAGUGGCUUUUAUUGAUGCAAGAGAGGCCUGUAAGUCCUUUUGAUGUUGUCCUUGGCUCUUUUGUGACUUCCUGGAUGAGUAGUUUCUGUGCUCUUGGAGGAAUUUUGGAAGGUCAGCCACUUCUGGGAAGGUUCACUACUGUGCUGAGUUUUUCAUUUGGAGAUAAUGGCUCUCGCUGUUCUUCUUUGGAGUCCCAGAGCUGUUGAAAUGGCUUUAAACGUUUCCAGAUUGAUGUAUUUCAAUCACCUUUUGGAUUUCCUUUUAACUUUGGCAUAGUGUGUUACUGGGUAAGACCUUUUAACCAACUUCAUACUGUUUGAAGUUCUAUUUAAGUGUUUUGAUCAAAUAGGGUUGGCAGUAAUUGAGCCUAGUUGUGUGUAGUCCAGCUGACCAAUGUUCAACCUCAGGCAAAAAUUAUGGAAUCACCACCCUUAGAGGAUGCUCAUCUGUUUAUUUGCUAUAUAUAUAUAUAAAAAAAGUAAAUAUUAAAUCAGAUAUGAUGCAAAAUAAUUUUUUUUUGUAGCUGAACAGGCUGGCUUUGUGAAACAUACUUCAAACAAGUUAAAUUGUUUUAAUCAAUCGCAUAUUUUUUUCAUAUCAAGUAGAGGAAAAAAUUAUGGAAUCAACAAAAAAAAAAAAUCACAAUUAGUACUUUGAUCCUCUUUGGGUGUUUUAGGACAGCCUGAAUUCUUUAAGGUAUGGUCUUCACUAAUGGUAAAACGAUAUUAUCCAUCAGGCUGGUUCCAACUUUCUCGAAUAGUGGUUGACCGAUAGGCAUGUCAUGGACCAAUUUUUUCUAUUUCCAGCAUACAUUUUCAAUCGGAUUCAGAACUGGACUGUUUGCUGGCCAUGUCAUUGAGUUGAUCUGCCGUUCCUGAAGAAAAGCUUUACCACUCUUUGCUCUGUGGCAAGAUGCAUUAUCCUGAAAAAUGACCAUCACCACUAAACCUAUUUCUAUCAAUGGAAUUAGAAAAGUUUUCAAUGUACAGCUGUGCAUUGACUUGAGGUCUCCUAUGGUCUGUUAGAUGACACACAAGCCCAUAUCAUAAAUGAGUGGGAUAAUUAUGUAGUUUUUUUUUCAGGCAGUCAUCUUUGUUUCAUUAGAACGGCACCAGACAAAAGUUCCAGCAUUAUGUCCUUGGCCAAUACAGAUUUGUAAUUCGUCAACGAUCAUCACUUUCAUCUAUUCAUCCACACUCCAUGAUUGCUUCUCUUUAGCCCACUGUAACCUUGUUUUCUUCGGUUUAGGUGUUGGUUUUCGUUUGGCUUUUCUAUAUGUAAAUCACAUUUCAUCAGCUGAUUUCUUACAGUUCAGUCAUAAACACUGACUCUUGUGUCCACCCAUUUGUAUUGUGCAUUUUCUAUUUUCAAGGCAUAUUGCUUUAAGUUUUCUAUCCUGACAUUUGAGGUUUUCCUUUUAUAACCUUCCCAUUUUGUUUAUACAACCAACAUCUUUUGCCUCAUUCCAUGUCAUUUCCUUCUUGAAGGAGUUUUAUAAUCCUUUCCAUUGUUUCAAUUCUCUUGUUGGGGCCAUGUUCCAUCCAUCCUCUAUACUGCUUAUCCUUUUCAGGGUCACAGGGAAACCUGGAGCCUAUCCCAGAGAGCAUGGGGCACAAGGCGGGGUACACCCUGGACAGGGUGCCAGUCCAUCGCAGGUGGGGCCAUGUUUCCUUUCAAAAAGUCCAAGGUUAAGGACUGCAAGCAUGCUCUUUUAACUGCAGACUAAUUUAGAUUUUUAGACUUGUGCUGGUAUUUGUUUUCGAAAUGCAAAUUACAAGGUGAUUCCAUAAUUUUUUCCUCUACUUGAUCUGGAAAAAAAUAUGGCAUUAAUUAAAACAAUUUAAUUUUAUUUGUUUGAGGUGCGUCUCAUGAAGCCAGAAUGUUCGGCUAUUAAACAAAAACUGUUUUGUGUCAAAUCGUUUGAUUUGUUUAUUUGCUACGAAGUUAAAAAAAAAAAAAGCCAGGUGAGCAUCCUCUAAGUGUGGUGAUUCCAUAAUGUAUGCCAGGGGUUGUAUGAAUGAAUUUUGAUAGAUUUGGGGAAUUAGUAACUACGGGGGCAAAUACAUUUUCUCACAGGCCCAGUUGGUAUUGGAUAACUUUUGUGCGUCAAUAAAUAACUAUCAUUUAAAAAC